AAGUAAAAGUCACUUAAAGAUUGAUGGUAAACAGUCAUCAGCGCUUACUUCCGGAGUUUAGGGAAGGGGCUUGGUCCCGUGCCUGCGCCCCGCGAACGCGCAUCAAAUCAGCAUCGAUGAAGUUUGUGCGAACAUGGCGGAUUUCCUGCCGACCAGGUCCGCGUUAAAAGUUUUUCUACCCGUCUGCCUGCUGAACAACAGCGAGGUCGACCAGCUUCGGAAGUCCAGGGAGAUCGACAGAUGUCUAUCCCGGGAGAAAACGUACGUGAAGCGGCUGGUGAAGAUCCUGCUGCUCGGCGCUGGCGAGAGCGGCAAGUCGACUUUCCUCAAACAAAUGCGGAUCAUCCACGGCCAGGACUUCGACCAGCAAGCCCGAGAGGACUUCAGAGCCACUAUAUACAGCAAUGUUAUUAAAGGUAUACGAGUGUUGGUGGACGCCCGGGAGAAGCUGCACAUCCCGUGGGGUGACCCGGACAACCAGCAGCACGGAGACAGCGUGAUGGCGUUCGACACAAGGUCGGCUAAAAUGGCGAGCGGGCUGCUUGAGACGCCCGUCUUCUUGCGGUAUUUUCCGGCUAUCAAAGCUCUGUGGGCGGACUCGGGUAUCCAGAACGCAUACGACCGUCGCAGAGAGUUUCAGCUGGGUGAGUCAGUGAAGUAUUUCAUGGAUAAUCUGGAUAAGCUUGGCGAGCUGGAUUAUCUUCCGACUCAGCAGGACAUUCUGCUGGCCCGUAAACCCACGAAGGGCAUCCACGAGUAUGACUUUGAGAUCAAGAACGUUCCCUUCAAGAUGGUGGACGUGGGAGGGCAGCGGUCAGAGCGGCGGCGCUGGUUCGAGUGCUUCGACUCGGUCACCUCCAUCCUCUUCCUCGUCUCUUCCUCUGAGUACGACCAGGUGCUGAUGGAGGACCGGCAGACCAACCGGCUGCGUGAAUCGCUCGACAUCUUCGAGACCAUCGUCAACAACCGCGUCUUCGUCAACGUCUCCAUCAUCCUCUUCCUCAACAAGACGGACCUGCUGGAGGAGAAGGUGAAGAACGUUUCGCUCAAGGACUACUUUUCCGAAUACACCGGGCCCGAGCACAGCCUGCCAGAGAUCCAGGCGUUCAUGGUGGAGUGUUUCCGGGCUAAGAGGCGCGACGCCACCCAGAAGCCCCUGUACCACCACUUCACCACGGCCAUCAACACGGAGAACAUCCGGCUGGUGUUCCGGGACGUCAAAGACACCAUCCUGCACGACAACCUCAAACAGCUCAUGCUCCAAUGACCCCUGUCCACCUGUGAACGUAGAGGACCUGAACGGGGACAAACCACCCCCCCCCCUCGCUCCUGACGAGGACUCGGGAGAGACCAGCCUUAGAAGAAUCCGAUAGAGAUCAGCGUUCUUCUCCAGCCGUUUUUAUAUUAGUUUUUACUCUCCUCUUUUGAAGAGAUGGCCUUCUUGUUAGUCCAGGGUUUAGUAGGGGGGCCGAGUCAGUAGGACAGACUGUCUGCGGUUAUAAAGAAAGACGAGAAGGCGGUUCGGGUGUUUGAAAACAUCUGAUCUCUGCUGCCUCUUCUUAAGACUCUCUCCUCUGGCCUGAGCGCUGAGACCCACCGGGGGCAUUUUCGACUCACAAGGUGCCGGUGCUGAUGUCAACGUCAGCGCCUGGUUUGUGGAAACCCAGCAGAACAUUUCACAACGGGGCAUACGGUUUCUAAACCACAUUCACAAGAAAUACAGGAAUACUGAAAUGAGUGCUUUGUUGCAAACAACAGAGUUAGAUCGUCGAAACGACCAAAACAUGCCAGUCUGUGUCCAAGCACUGAUUCCUUAAAUCCAAAAUCACUCCAUUAUUUCUGCACGCUUGUGCUGCUUUGUGAGCCUUGUUUAAAAGCCCCACACACACACACACACACACACACACACACACACACACACACACACACACACACACACACACACACACACAGACACACACACACACUUUGUAAAAGGGUUCUCCCACUUCAUGCUAAUCCAGAGACUGCACAAGUUCUUUUUUUUUUUUUUUUUUUCUCGCACAGGUCCUUCCGCCCCCUACACUGAAAGUCUACACUUCUUCUGUUUCCAGAUCAGUUGGUUGAAAGUGUCAGCUCAGAAAUGUUUUUUUCUUGGACAGUGAACAGGUUAAUGACGCCGAUUCGGCUCACAACGUUUUUAAAAACAAAACAAAAAAAAUAGUGGCUUGGAGAACAGCUCCAGCACUGGCACCUUGUCUGUGGAAUUUAUUACUUUUUUUUAGAAAUAAGGGCAUAACCGCCAGACUGAACCCUCGAUGCCUUUCCAUAUAAUGUCUUAAGGAGACCUAAUCACUGUUCCUAUCCUGCUUUUGUGCCUGUGUCAAUCUUAGCUGUCUUCCACAGUAAAUUAAAUAUGCAAGUUGUCCUGUAUUUUAUUUUUGGUUGUUUAGAGGAAAUACUUAACCUUCGUUGGCACAUUAGGCAGGGUGUGCUCGCACGUGAACUUGCAGUCCACUGUUUUCUCAGGGUUGAAUCCAAACCAGCGUUAGUGCUGAUGUCAUGUUGGUGGAAUAAUCUGAUCUUUCUCUGGGUGACAGAGGGGCCAGACUCAGCCAGGCCAGAGUACAGUUCACGGGGCGGUGUUUGGUACUGUAUCCUCCUGGCCUUGACCCUGAACGUGGACCCAGACCCCCCCCCCCCCCCCUCCCCCUUCAUCUCUGAUUAGAUGCCUUGUAAAGGGACACACCUCCCCAGUUCGCCUGAAUAAUGAAUGUCUGUUAAUAAAUGUACAGAGAUUUCCUCUAGAUCGUCUGAAUAUACUGUAACCAACAUUUUUAAGGUAACAUGUAACCUGUCCUGUGAGAAUAUCUGUGUUGGCACUGAGUUAUAUCUCCAGGUGUCUUUGAAAAUGCAAUCAAGUACUGUUAGGAGUUCCCCUUUAAAAAAAAAAAUAAAAAACACAUUUUUGAAUUUGUCGACAAAAAAAAAAACCACUGGAGUUGAAUACAUUAGUGUAUUCUGUUGGGGGCCAAUUGUUGUUAGAGGACAACUUCCAGGCACUGUUCAAAUCUGUGUUUCUCUGCCAGAUCACCCCCAUGCAUUCACAUCGAGUGUCUGUCAUUUUUUUUUUCCAAAUAUAAAGCUUCUGUGAGCUUCGUUUCGCUUCCAGCCCUGGCUUUGUACAUACUGUAAGCUGUUGCCAUGUAAAUAAUAUUCAGGUUUAACUCCAUAUAUGUAAAAACGGCCUCCCCCCCCCCCCCCCCCCCCAUAUUUUGAAUGUGUUUCAAAUCAGUGCUUUUCCAAUGAAGAUGACUUUUUGAUGUAGACGUGUUUUUGUGUAAUUUUUUUCCAUCACCUUGUUGAAAUUCAUCCCUGUGCCAAGUCUCAUGCCACUCUAACCCUAUCAAUAAAAUACACUUUUCUAAUGAAAA